UUACAUAAGUGUGUUUAUAAGAUUGUUACCGACGUAAAGGCUAGCUGCCGCCAAUUAGGGUUUAGUUGCAACGUUUAAACCGUGUAUUGCAAAGAUUUAUACAUCUAUAGAAUGCAUGUUAGUAUUGUAGCUAAAACAAACGCCGUAUCGCGAAAACUAGUUUGUUCAUAUGAGCUUGGGUGUACUGCAUUAGAGAAGAGAAAGGCAAGAUGCGCGCCUAUAAAAGAGAGAGGGUGAGAGGUAAAAAGGCGAAAAAAGUUUGCAUCAUCGGUAAAGGUCCAUUGCUGAUACGUCGAUUGCGGCAGUAAUCAAAUCAGUGUCGUAAUCAUACGACAAAGGUACCGCUAAUAUAUGUUACCUCGUAUAGGUAUGAUAGGUUGUCACUGUAAGGUGUAUUCGUGUAGGAAAUUGUUUGUCUUUGAUUCUUGUUAUUAAAUGUAUUUAUAAACAGGAAAAUUUAGACGUCAAGGUUAAAAACUAUGUUGACAUCAACAAGGCGACACAGGUCUGUUGAUACCAGUUCACCUUAUUCCGUCCGUCUACCUUCCGAGUUCGACGAUCAACUAGAAGAAACUCGCGCCACAUCUCCUCAGUCGAAAGGGUUUUCUUUAUCGCCAUACGGAGAACUUAGAUCUACAGAAGACGUUUCCAUACCCGAGGAAAACAUGUCAUCUCCAUUAAACUGUAGUGGGCCGAUCGGCGCCGGUUUCAUUUCCGAUGAUUCUGAAGACAUCAAAAGUGCAGAUGAAUAUAAUGUGAAACCCACACCAGCAGAAGUGUUUUCACCGGACGCAAAAGACGCGCGCGAUUCGGCAGACUCCGUUGCAUCUGUUUCCGAACAAGAUUCUAUGAAAAUCGCUGCAGAUUCUACAAUAGAAGGUGCUCGUGAUCAGUCGAUUAAAGCGCAAUCUGGAGACGUGAUUCGACUGAAUGCAAAAAGGGCAAGAGUUGAGAAUAUUGUGACCAAUAUUAGAGUGAAGCCAGAUCGAGUCUUAUCGCCAACAGCUUCGAGUUCAAAAUCUGAUCAGAAUGCUAUGCGAUCGUCUUCAGCUCCAAUAAACACCUUACCGAAUAGAAAACGACAUUUAAGCGAACAGAUUCGCAGCCUGCAGGAACAAAUUAGUAACCUACAGCACGAAUAUCAUAACGGCACAUCACCAUCAUCGAUGGCGCUAAGCCAGCCCGAUGCAAAAACGAUGAAAGAAACUACUCUUACGUCAGCAAGAGACUCUGAAAGUGAAUUAGUUAAACAAAACAUAGACGAAAUUGUUAAAGCCGCGUCUUCCCCUAGUCAGUUCAUCAGCCAAGCAAUGAAACUAGUUGCAGCAGUUUCGGGUGCAGAAAAAUCUUCUGUUGCUGGUACCGGGGAAAGUAUGGCAGAGGGAUGGGGACACCAGCAACCUAAGAGACAGUGCUUGGAUACAGAUGACGAGUUUGUCGAUUCACCAAUGAAAAUUCAACCACGUUACCAGGCUGCGAUCAAACUGAGCGUGACCGACGCUUUGAAUGAAGAUGAAGUAAAUUCGUCGUACCAAAUACUCGUAAAAACUUUAAAGAAGGAGUUGGCCCUUGCCUUUGAAGCAGUGGCAGAAAAAUCUGCCAAGCGCAUCUUACAGGAGUUAAGGUUGAAGCUGCCAUCAAAUAAGCAAGUUUGCGAUGCAACAGAACACGAUGACGACCAGGAAAGUUCGGUUUUCUACCAAAGUGAUCGACAGCAAAAAAACUUAGGAAACCCUGAAGAUCAUAAUGGGAAAGAACACUUGGAUAGCAAUCUGUAUUCAAGACCCAAUGUUUCUAGUUUCAUUGUUGAAGGUAAACAAGAAAAAAUGCGAACUACAAGUCAAUCGCAGAUGUGCUUUGGAAACGUCGAGGUUAGAAAGAGGUCUUCGGCCGGAAAUACUAAACCCAAUAGCCCGCGCGACGGUUCCAUUUAUCCCGGUCUGCCUUCGGUAUACGGUCGGUACCAAGGAUCCAAUGUAAACCCGGUUGAGGCGACCCACCAUGAAAACCUUAUACAAUCUAGUUCCAGUGUCAACGAUCGGCCACAAACACAAGCCUUAUCCUUAGUUACAAGGAAACUUACUAAAGAUCGCAAUCAAAGCCCUUCUAGUUUCGAUUCUCUUACAAAUGAUGAUGCCGGAGACGACAUCGGACGAUGUUCCAGUAAUGAUAUUGAUUCAGAUGCUAGACUUCCUUCGACUGCUAAACUCCAAUCUGCAUCAGUAGGACCACAAACAAACUGUCACUUGCAACACGCAGCUUCCAUCCAACGAAAGUUAUCCAGAGACUCCCCAUCAAUUACAAACACCUCAAAAACCCAACGAAGAAGUCGUAGUAGGUCGCCAGAUUUUAUGGAAAGCAAGCAGCAACCAUCUACCUCGCCGUAUCUUGCACGUCCCGGUUAUUCCGCUAAGGAUCCAUCUUUCUUCGCUUCUGCAAACUGGCCAUCCAUUCCGGAUUCAUCAGCUUUCCGCAAUACGCUUGGUCAUCAAUCACUUUCACCCACCCACGAUCAUUACAGCCGAUUCUUUAAACCUGAAAACAUAAGAAACAAAGUUCGUUCAGUGAAUAUGUCGGGUUCAAUGGGGCAGCAUAAGACCCCACUUUCCACCCCUAUGAUCGGAGGCUCUAUGUUUCGUAACCCAUCUUAUCCACCAGCAUCUAAUACAUCGUCUUCAAUCUACCCCUUCACUUCACCUCAGCUUCCUUUCCCGUUGCAUCCUGUUUUCCAGCAGGGGCAUCUUGCCAGGGCUCUUGCAAGCGACUACAACCGUAUUCGAGACAGCUUUGAUCCGUCCGGGGGAAUUCGAUUUAUUUCAACCAGAACACCAACCAGAGAUACAAUAAAACCAAGAGCUUCAAUGUUAAGUGGUCAUCAUAUAGAUUCAAAAUGCGUUUCUCCAGACUAUGGGAGUCCAUGCUCCGAUGUAGGAGCCUACUCGUCAUCGAUGCAAGAAGGCCUUACUCCUCAACAUUUGAAAAAGGCAAAGUUAAUGUUCUUCUACACCCGAUAUCCAAGUGCAAAUAUGUUGAAAGCGUACUUUGCCGAUGUUAAGUUUUCUCGUGCCACCACUUCGCAACUGAUCAAAUGGUUCAGCAACUUUCGGGAGUUCUAUUACAUUCAAAUGGAAAAGUUUGCCCGCCAAGCACUUACUGAAGGAAUAACCGAUGUAAACCAAAUCCUGGUGACACGGGACAGUGAAAUACUACGAGUUCUCAAUCUUCACUACAAUAAGAGCAACGAUUUUCGAGUUCCAGAUCAAUUCAUCGACGUCACUCAAACAAGCCUACAGGAGUUUUACCUGUCAAUCAAAGCUGGCAAGGACAGAGACCCAGCGUGGAAGAAAGUAAUCUACAAAGUGAUUUGUAAACUAGAUCACGAUGUUCCGGACAUUUUUAAGUCCGCGAAUGUUCUCGAUCGACUCUGUGACGCCCACUUGUGAUUAUUCAAAGCGGUGAUUUUAGAAUCAAACAAUAAACCUAUUGCGGUGUUAUUUACAGACAUUUUUUAUUACCCCCUUGAUUUGGUCAUUUAGCUGUAACUUACUGCCUUCGGUGUAGAUGUGUAUUCAAUAUUUAUGUAUAUAUAUCUGUAAGAAAUCACUUCUCUGUAUAUAUUGCAAUUUGUUUCUAUUACUUUUGCUUCAUGUGCUGGCAACGACGCAUCACUUAGUGGGUUAUUUUCGUUUAGCGUAAAUUUGUUUUCAAUUCUAUUAUUUAGGUCAAAUUCGGUGAAAAUUAAAAGUUGCCAUUCGAAAUCAUAA